GCGCAUAGGGGGCUUUUUGUUCUAGCACAUAAGCGAUAAAGCGGAAGUAGGUUCAACACCGGACAAACAAGCUUGACACAGUUCAUUGUUUUCACGUGUUCUGCGACGUAUAAUAAUGCCCGUAAAACAUUGCUGUUAUGGCGAUUGUAAUAGCGACUCGAGAUAUAUCGGACGGAAGUCAAACAUGGAUGGUGUAAAGUUUAUUCCCUUCCCGAAACCGAAAACGCAGCUUGAAAAAUGUCAACGUUGGGUCAGGCUGUGCGGAAGGAAAUACUUCACUGUUGAGAGCAUUCGGAAAGAGACCUAUAUUUGCUCAAAGCACUUCGUCGGAGGAAAUGGGCCUUCGGAUUCACAUCCAGACCCGCUACCAGCAGUAAGUACAGAAUUUGAGAGAAAUUUGCUGUCGGCAAAGAAAAAACGAAAACCACCAACCUCAAGACCGUCACCUAAGAAGCGCCCUAGAAAGUGUUUGAUUAAUGACGAGGACGAAUCUCAAGACAGCGCUGAUUCAUGCAUUGAAUCAUUCAUUUUAGAGACCGUUUCAAAUGAGCAUGAUUAUACCUGCUUAACUUCCAGUAGCACUAGUGUUGAACAUGGACAUGAAAUAUUUGAAUCUACAAGUUAUGUUCAGGCACCUGAGGUUGAGGAGAUUUGGUUUGAUGCAGCCAGUGAAGUUCCAUGUCUAGCAGGGGAAGAAGAAGUUACCACCACAACUUCUACUGAUGCUCUUGUUCAGACAACAUGUGUUUCAAUGUCGGAUGUUGGAACCCAGACAUGUGUGCAUUUCCAACAUAUUCACAAAUAUGCUGACGAGGAAUUGAUGGACAGAAACCAAAUGAGUAGAAAGUUGUUUCUGUCAUCAGUACUGCAGGAUAGCAACAGCUGCAAAUUUUACACAGGCUUAAAUCUGUCCAUCUUCCUGUUCUUAUUUCAAUGGAUUAGACCAAAAGCAGAAAAGCUGAACUACUGGAGGGGACAGGAUACAACAGAUUUCAAAGGAGCUCGGAAAGCUGGUCCAAAGAGGAAACUUUCACUGAGAGAAGAAUUUGUGAUCACUUUGGUUCGUCUUAAACGUGGGUUAGAUGUAGAAGUGUUGGGUGAUUUAGUUGGUAUUCAUCCAUCGAGUAUCAGUCGGAUUUUCACAACAUGGAUAAAUUUUUUGUAUCUGGAGUUGAAUUUUUUAAUUUCAUGGCCAAAUAAAGAGCAGAUAACAGCUAACUUACCAAAAGCAUUCAAAUAUUUCCCAAAGACCAGAUCAAUUAUAGACUGUACAGAAUUUUUUAUUCAGAAACCAAGUUUACCAUCCUCGCAGAGAGUAACCUGGUCUAAUUAUAAACACCACAAUACCCUGAAGGCACUUAUCUCCAUUUCUCCCACAGGAUCAUUUACUUUCAUUUCUAAACUUUUCACUGGUAGUAUUUCAGACCGACGUAUUGUUGAGGAAAGUGGUUAUCUUGAAUAUUUAGAACAUGGAGAUGAUAUUAUGGCUGACCGUGGAUUUUUAAUACGAGAUCUCUUAGCCAGAAGAUCAUGUACUCUGAAUAUACCGCCUUACUCUAUGGGUAGACAGUUGAGCAGUAGAGCAGUGACAAAGACAAGACGGAUUGCAAGUGCCCGGAUUCAUGUGGAGCGUGCCAUUGGAAGGUUAAAAACAUUUAAAAUUUUACAAGGAACUAUGCCUUUAAGACUACAUCCUUUAUUUGAUCAAGUUUUGGGUGUUUGUGCCUGUAUUUGCAAUUUAGAUUCAAAGUUAGUCAAAUGAAAUGUAAAAUCAAUCUGAAGCAUGUUUAGUAAUUAUAAAAUCAACAUGAUUUAAUGAUCAUAUAAUUUAUGAAAUAUGUACAAUUGUAUUGAUCAACUCUUAAGUAAUCUUUAUAUUUCAUUAUUUCAUACAUUCAUGUAUAAUUGCA